AUGAUCCACCCAGAUGAUAGAAACUAUCAAAUGUUGUAUUGGAGAGAUGACAAAGACGAUCCCCUUUCUGUUUACCGUUUAACUACGGUUGUGUUUGGAUUCAACUGUUCACCCUACUUGGCACUAAGGACACUUCACCAACUUAUCAUCGAUGAAGGCGCAAACUUUCCUCUGGCAGCUGAGGCUUUAAAGAAACAAGUAUAUGUAGAUGAUUUAAUUUUAGGUGCCAAUAGCAUAGAACAAGCUUUGGUACUAAGAAAUGAGGUGGAACAACUUCUCUUAAAAGGAUGUUUCGAACUGAGGAAAUGGACUAGCAACUGCCCUCAAAUCAUGGAAACUCUUCCCGACUCUUACAAAGAAACUCCUCUAUAUUUCAACUCCUCGGAUCAACCUUAUUUCAAGGUACUAGGUAUAAAAUGGUCACCUAACUCAGACACUUUCUCUUAUCAGUUGAAUAUCCCAGACACACCUCCCACUAAACGAGGUAUACUUGAAACAGUUAGCAGAAUAUUUGAUCCAAACGGUUGGUUGACUCCAGUCACUCUUUGGGUAAAAGCGUUGAUACAAGUUUUAUGGGCACUAGGUUUAUCAUGGGAUGCGCCUGUACCUCCGGAUCUAACUGAAAAAUGGUCUAAGUUCCUCCAACAACUUCCUUUCUUAAGUGAACUUAGCUUACCUCGAUAUGUUUCCGUAGCUGAUGCUGUUCAUAUCAGUUUACAUGGAUUUUGUGAUGGGUCUGAAACAGGUUACGGAGCUUGUGUCUACUUGCGAUGUGUAAGUUCUUCUGGAGAAAUCAACGUACAUCUAUUAAUUGCCAAAGCUCGAGUUGCUCCUCUUAAGAAGAUCUCCAUCCCUAGACUAGAAUUGUGUGGUGCCCAUCUUUUGUCCAAACUCCUGAACUAUUGCAACUCUCUACUCUCUCAAGAUUAUCUUGUCAACGAAUUAAAUGCUUGGUGUGAUUCAUCUGUAGUCUUGUCAUGGAUAAAAACUGUACCCUACCGCUUAAAAGUUUAUGUUACAAAUCGAGUCUCAGAAAUUCAAGAACUUACUCCUACUUACAUAUGGAAACAUGUCUCAACUCAUUGUAAUCCAGCUGACAUUGCCAGUAGAGGAACCCUUCCCAUUUCUAUGAAAGACAACAGUUUAUGGUGGAACGGUCCCGAUUGGUUAUCUCUGAAUCAGGAAUCGUGGCCUAUUCUUCGCUUCACCCCUCUCCAAGGUGAACAAUUGCCAGAAUGUAAGGCCGAACCUUUGCCAAUAAUGGUUACAACUCAAAAACCAGACUUAUUCAAUAGGUUUUCAUCUUGGUCAACCCUCCAGCGAGUCAUCGCUUACAUUCUACGCUUCAAAAAUAACUUAACAUACCAGGUUAAAGAAUCAGGAUUUUUAAAGCUUGAAGAGCUUGAUAAAGCAACAAUCACUAUCUGUAAAAUUAUUCAACAAACAGUUUUUUCUGAAGAUAUAUCUAGAUUGAAAGCUGGAAAACCUUGUUCCUCCCGUCUUGCGUCUCUCUCCCCCUUCUUAGACGAAAAUGGAUUGAUUCGUGUUGGAGGCCGCCUUAAGCACUCUCAAGUAUCCUACGCUGCAAAGCACCCUAUUGUCUUGGCCAAAACUAACCAUGUCACCAAUCUCAUCGUUGAUCAUUACCAUUUGAAACACUUGCAUGCUGGACCUCAGUUUUUACAAGACGUUAUUUCUCAGAAGUUUUGGAUCCUAUCUUCUCGAAGUGUUAUUCGAAGAAGAGUUUACAAGUGGAUCCGAUGCUUUAAAUGCAAUCAUGAGACCACCACUCAGAAAAUGGGAGAUCUUCCUCCACAACAAGUCCUACCCUCAAGAGUGUUCAACAACUGCAGGCACUCUCCAGACCUAACUUAA